GCAGCAGAGAAAGUGGGACUAUUCUGUGCUCAUCAUGGAUUUAUCACCCGCAGCUCUGAUCCUGUGUUCUCUCUUAUGUACAGUGGCUGGUCAGGCUCCAGUUGUCUCAGUGGAGCCUCGGGUUGCUACUGUUCGCCAAGGAGAGUCUGUCAGCUUCAGGUGCCAAGUGGGGAGCGGCGCUCAGCCAGUUCGGCUGGAGUGGAGGAGAGCCAAUAACCAAGCGUUACCAGAGAAUGCAAAGAUCGGUCCUGAUGGGUCUUUGCUGACGAUUGCAAAUGCCCGACCUGGAAAUCAGGGCCAAUACCGCUGUGUUGGAGUCAACUCCGCCGGCCGCGGCACUGCCAGUGCUGUGCUGAACGUCAAAUUUGCUCCCAAAGUUCAGGUGACACCAGCCGGGCCUCUGCGGGUGAGGAUAGGUGAAGCCGUGUCAGUGGACUGUCAGGCCACCGGCAGGCCACGCCCCACGCUGUCCUGGAAACGCCAAGGCUCCACCCUGCAGCUGGUUACCACGGAGACAAAUGAUGUCAACACCAUAAAGUGGCCUGCAGUGCGUCCAGAAGAUUCAGGAGUUUAUAUUUGCCAAGCUGUGAACAGUGAGGGAAUUACAGAGGUCAAAGUUGACAUCGUUGUGGAGGGGGGGCUUGGAGCACCAGUGGCUACAGUGAGCGCUACAGAAAUGACAGUGGUGGAGGGACAUACAGUCGUAAUGGAGUGUCAGGCCAGCGGUUCUCCCACCCCCGUCAUCACCUGGUCCAAACUUCGAGCGCCGUUGCCAUGGAAACAUACGGUGUCCGGUGGAGUUUUGACACUGACCAGCGUCGGGCGCCAAGACUCAGGACAAUACAUCUGCAAUGCAACCAACAUACACGGCUACAGUGAGGCGUACACGCAGAUGGAGGUGGACACUCCUCCGUACGCCACCUGCCUGCCCGACCAGGUGAGGCUCCAGCCGGGGGAUGCCCUCCGCCUGCAGUGCCUCGCCCACGGCUCUCACCCCAUCCAGUUCACGUGGACUCGGCUGGGCAGGGCGGGUCUGCCUGCAGGAACCCAGACCACUAAGGAUGGAACGCUGCUCAUAGCCCACGUUAGGCAGAGCGACGGCGGGACGUACAAAUGUGUGGCCUCCAACCGCAUUGGUUCAAGUGAGGCAGUGGCCAAAGUCAUGAUUAAAGCUUAAAGUGAUUCCAUCAAA